UCUCACAUGAAAAUGAGCCAAGCUGGGGCAGCAGCGUCAGCCUGAAGAGCCAAACGCCUGCUGGGCAGUAGGUUCUCCGCCCAUUUGUGCAACAGAAGCCUAAAUCCCACGGUCAGUGUCGCGAGCACCCAUUCUCGCAAGGCCUGAGCAAUAGACGGAACUCAAGGAGAGAGGAGCCCGGGAGGCCGCCGUCAGCGACGGGCGGGACAGCAAAGGCGGGGAGAGGUUGCUGGGCGCCCCCGGGAGGAGUCAACUCCACCCCGCAGUCACGAGUCUUGCGCUGGGAGGGGCGUGGAACUACAAUCUGCAGGGUGCCGGGCGCGGCGCCACGUGAUCCUGCGCCCCCGGGCGGCCGCAGUGGUAGAGAGCGCUCCCGGCCCGCCGAGAGCUCGGGACCGGACGGCCCCGCCGAAGGAGAGGCAGACGCUGGAGAGAUCCGCUGAGGAAGAGGAGUACGACAGUCUCCCGGCCUGGGACUUUCUAGCAACCUCAAUGGCCUCCGGGAAGAAGAAACUUCAGGGCCUUGUUGCUGCAACCCUCACGCCAAUGACUGAGAAUGGAGAAAUCAACUUUUCAGUAAUUGGUCAGUAUGUGGAUUAUCUUGUGAAAGAACAGGGAGUGAAGAACAUUUUUGUGAAUGGCACUACAGGAGAAGGCCUGUCCCUGAGCGUCUCUGAACGUCGCCAGGUCGCAGAGGAGUGGGUGGCGCAAGGGAGAAACAAGUUGGACCAGGUGGUGAUCCAUGUAGGAGCAUUGAGCUUGAAGGAGUCACAAGAACUGGCCCAACAUGCAGCAGAAAUAGGAGCUGAUGGCAUUGCUGUCAUUGCACCUUUCUUUUUCAAGCCAUGGAACAAAGAUGUCCUGAUUAAUUUUCUAAGGGAAGUGGCUGCUGCUGCCCCUACAUUGCCAUUUUAUUAUUAUCACAUUCCUGCUUUGACAGGGGUGAAAAUUCGUGCUGAGGAGUUGUUGGAUGGGAUUCAGGAUAAGAUCCCUACCUUCCAAGGUCUGAAAUUCAGUGACACAGACCUCUUAGACUUCGGGCAAUGUGUUGAUCAGAAUCACCAGCGACAGUUUGCUUUGCUCUUUGGGGUGGAUGAGCAACUACUGAGUGGUCUGGUGAUGGGAGCAACUGGAGCAGUAGGCAGUACUUAUAACUACCUGGGAAAAAAGACAAACCAGAUGUUGGAAGCCUUUGAACAGAAGGACUUCUCUUCAGCCCUGAACUAUCAGUUUUGUAUCCAGCGAUUUAUCAACUUUGUGGUCAAGCUAGGUUUUGGAGUGUCACAGACCAAAGCCAUCAUGACUCUGGUGUCUGGAAUUCCAAUGGGCCCACCCCGGCUUCCACUGCAGAAAGCUACCAGGGAGUUUACUGAUAGUGCUGAAGCUAAGCUGAAGAGCCUGGAAUUCUCUUUCACUGAUUUAAACGAUGGAAACUUGGGAUCCUGUAGUUAGCACCUCUAUAAAUCAGGGUGUAUACAUUGAAAAUUACUAUGCGUUGAAUAACACAUUCUUUCCUCAGGGACUUUUUA